UUACAGUGUUCAGCCGCAUUUGAAGAAGUGUUUCGAGGGAAUUGCCAAGCUGAAUUUCACGGAAGACCUGGAGAUUACAGCGAUGCGCUCCAGUGAAGGCGAAGUGGUUCAGUUGGUCAACGUCAUUUCUACGGCGGCCGCCAGGGGGCAGGUCGAAAAAUGGCUGCUCAUCCUCGAAAAAGCUAUGAAGAAAAGUAUCUACCAGACGGUUGCGGAUGCAAUGGGGCAUACCCGUGCACAGAGCGAGACAGCUGGGUAAUGGACUGGCCGGGUCAGACUGUGUUGUGUGUGUCGAGCACAUUUUGGACAUCGGAAGUGCACGCGGCCAUCAACAGCUCAGCGGGCGGAGCGGGGCUGACAAACUAUCUGCAAGUCUGCAACACACAGAUCGACAAGAUCAUUCUGUUGGUGCGUGGAAAACUGUCCACGCAGAUACGGAUCACACUGGGAGCCCUGGUUGUAAUCGACGUUCACGCAAGAGAUGUUGUGCAAGGACUUAUCGAUAAGAAUGUAAUUGUUGAUGACGAUUUCCAGUGGCUAUGUCAGCUACGUUAUUAUUGGGAGGUGAGUGUCCAACAC